AUGGUCUCGCUCGCCGGCUCCCAGAUCCUCUCGCCCAAGCAGAGGCCCUGCGCGCCGCGCCGCCCGGGCCACUCCAUGCGCACCAUCCGCUCCGCGCUGCUGCACCCGGACUCGCCCCCGGGGCCCAGCUCGCGCCUGCGCGCCGCCGACGAGGGGGACUCGGACAUUGAGAACCUCACCGACUCCGUCAUCGACUUCCGCCUCAGCGAGCUGGCGGCCACCGCGGGCCCCGCGCACCCGGCGGCCGUCGCCAAGUCCUCCUCCGCCAACGCGGCGGCCACGGAGAUGCUCGAGCUGUCCCGCGACUUCUCCGACUACUCCAGCUUCAACUCCGACAUCUCCGGGGAGCUCGAGCGGCUGGCCGCCGCGGCCGCCACGCCCAGAUCCGACGCGCCGGACCUCGCCGCCGUGGAUCUGAAUGAUCUCGAGUCCACGGAUCUGUCGGCCGACGCGGCGCCGCUGGACCGCGUGGAGCCGUUCGUGCUGGCGUGCGUGCAGGCGCUGGGGCCCGACGCCGCCCCCGAUGCGCGGCGCACGGCGGCGGCCAGGAUAAGGCUGCUGGCCAAGCACCGUUCCGACAUCCGCGAGCUGGUCGGCAUGUCCGGGGCGAUCCCGGCGCUGGUGCCGCUGCUGCGGAGCACCGACCCGGUGGCGCAGGAGAACGCGGUGACGGCGCUGCUCAACCUGUCCCUGGAGGAGCGGAACCGUUCGGCCAUCACGGCGGCUGGCGCCAUCAAGCCGCUCGUCUACGCGCUGCGGACCGGGACAGCCUCCGCCAAGCAGAAUGCCGCGUGCGCGCUGCUCAGCUUGUCGGGCAUCGAGGAGAACCGUGCCACCAUCGGCGCGUGUGGCGCCGUCGCGCCGCUCGUCGCGCUGCUCUCCGCGGGCUCCACCCGGGGAAAGAAGGACGCGCUCACCACGCUCUACCGUCUCUGCUCGGCGCGCCGGAACAAGGAGCGUGCCGUCAGCGCUGGAGCCGUCGUGCCGCUCGUGCACCUCAUCGACGAGCGCGGCACCGGGACGUCGGAGAAGGCAAUGGUGGUCCUUGCCAGCCUCGCCAGCAUAGCCGAGGGCCGCGACGCUGUGGUGGAAGCCGGUGGGAUACCUGCACUGGUAGAGACCAUCGAGGACGGCCCUGCGAGGGAGAAGGAGUUCGCCGUGGUGGCUCUGCUGCAGCUGUGCUCCGAGUGCUCCAGCAACCGUGCGCUCCUCGUUCGAGAAGGGGCCAUCCCACCGCUUGUUGCGCUCUCACAGUCCGGCUCUGCUCGUGCCAAGCACAAGGCCGAGACUUUGCUAGGUUACUUGCGUGAACAGCGACAAGGGGGCGGUGGCUGCCGAGCCGGACCAGGCGGCGCAGCUACGAGUAUGGCUCGGUGA